CGUCACCGGAUGCAGAGCAACUUCUACUGCCAAGAUGGCGGGGACAAUGUUGAGGUCGCUAGCUAAACUCGGACGUCCUUCAACAAAAUUGAUUUUAAAUAGUAAUUUGGUUAGUCCUGGUUGCACGGUUCUGCAAAACAGGCAGAAACAGUGGCAGCCUGAUGUGGAGUGGAUGGAGCAGUAUGCUGGGGCAGUGAUGUACCCCUCCGCCAUCACGGAGAAAUGGGCCCCCCCACCGUGGAACGAUAAGGAUCCCCCCGCGGAGAAGGAGGUGUCCAAUUUGACCAUAAACUUCGGCCCCCAGCACCCCGCGGCCCAUGGCGUGUUGCGCCUGGUCCUGGAGCUCAGCGGCGAGUCGGUGAAGAAGUGUGACCCCCACGUGGGCUUGCUGCACCGCGGCACGGAGAAACUGAUCGAGUACAAGACCUACCUGCAGGCGCUGCCCUACUUCGACAGGCUCGACUACGUCUCCAUGAUGUGUAACGAGCAGGCGUACUCUCUGGCUGUGGAGAAGCUUCUCAACAUCCAGGCCCCACUGCGCGCGCAGUGGAUCAGAGUUCUCUUCGGGGAGCUGACUCGCAUCCUGAACCACAUCAUGGCCAUCACCACACACGCCCUGGACAUCGGGGCCAUGACCCCCUUCUUCUGGAUGUUCGAGGAGAGGGAGAAGAUGUUUGAGUUCUAUGAGCGCGUGUCCGGGGCCCGGAUGCACGCGGCAUAUGUCAGGCCUGGUGGAGUACAUCAGGAUAUGCCGCUGGGGCUAAUGGACGACAUCUACGAGUGGUGCAAGAACUUCUCCAUCAGAAUAGACGAGGUGGAGGAGAUGCUGACCAACAACCGUAUCUGGAAGAACCGCACCGUGGACAUCGGGGUCGUGUCCGCCGAAGACGCGCUCAACUACGGCUUCAGUGGCGUGAUGCUGAGGGGGUCCGGCAUCAAGUGGGACCUGAGGAAGUCGCAGCCCUACGACAAGUAUGACGAGGUGGAGUUUGACGUCCCCAUCGGCAGCAGGGGCGACUGCUACGACAGGUACCUGUGCAGGGUGGAGGAGAUGAGGCAGUGCCUCAGAAUCAUGGUCCAGGCCCUCAACAAGAUGCCAGAGGGAGAAAUCAAAGUGGACGACAACAAGGUGGCUCCGCCUAAGAGGUCCGAGAUGAAGAUGUCCAUGGAGUCUCUGAUUCAUCACUUUAAGCUGUACACAGAGGGUUACCAGGUGCCCCCCGGAGCUACAUACACUGCUGUAGAAGCCCCCAAGGGGGAGUUUGGUGUGUAUCUUGUCUCAGAUGGCACCAGCAGGCCCUACCGCUGCAAGAUCAAAGCCCCCGGAUUCGCUCACUUGGCUGCUUUGGAUAUGAUGGCCAAAGGACACAUGUUGGCUGACGUAGUAGCCAUUAUUGGCACCCAGGACAUAGUGUUUGGAGAAGUUGACCGUUGAAUACGGUCUCUAAAGAGGACUUCUGUCUUCACUUUCUGUUUCUGUCCGAUUCAACUUGUCUCCCCUUGUCACUGUACGGUAAUCUAACCGGAUCGACCAUGUAUAAUGCUAUAAACCUAAUAAAUAUUUUAUGACUGAU